UCUUCUCGGCGACGCUUUGCGAGAUGGGCGGCGCUACGGGGGAAGCGGAGCCCAGGAGAGAGGUCGCCUGUCUGUUUAUGGACGCCGGUGCUUGCGCGUCGGGCGAGGCGGCGGGUGCAGAGGUGCAGCAUUGCUUUGGCGUCGGCUUUGCGCGCGUCGGCAGCUUCGUGAACGCACGCGUCGCGCCGGCCAGAGCUGCAGCUCAAAAGUGGCCGGAGAGGCUGUCUGCAGGCUGGCUGUAAAAACAGCCUCUGGCGGAGGCCAGCUGUUCAAAAAGCGUUGUGGGCGCCCGCUACAGUACGUGCGCGACGGCUGACGAGCUCUUCGGCAGCGGCGGCACGAGUGCCUUGCGCCUGAAGCCGCCACGCACAGGGCUCAUAAAUUGCAAUUGCUCAUCGAAUCGAUGGAACCAGAGGUCGUGAAGGAACCAGAGGUCGCAAUAGUCGGAGGAGGCAUCACGGGAACGGUCGCCGCCACGACGCUGGCGCGUUUGCUCCCCGGCGCGCGCAUAACGUUGUUCGACCAAGGACGAGGCCUCGGCGGGCGAGCGUCGCACCGCCGCGUUGAUGACGGCGAGGUCGUGGCGCCGUGGGCGCGCUCGUCGAUGGCCUUUGACCACGGCUGCCAAUUUUUCCAGGGCGGCGACGCCGAGUUCCGCGAAAAGAUUCUCGAUCCGUGGCUCGCGGCCGGCCUCGCGGCGGAGUGGCAAGGCAAAUUCGCCGGCGCGGGCGAUUUCUUCGGCAUCGGUAGCGAAACGGUAUACGUCGGAGUCGGUGGCAUGCAUACGGUCACGGCAGGCGCCGCACAAAUGUUAGAAUGCAACCACUCGAACUUUGUGGCGCGCUGCGGUGUUCGCGUGGGCGCCGUCGCGCGCGCUGGUGAUCGCUGGGCUCUGUCAGGGGUUGGAGGCGAAGCGGCCAUCCACGACUCGAAGCUUAAGUCUUCAGAUGUAGAGGCGGCGCGUGCGGCCGCAGCGCUCGGAGAAUUCGACGCCGUCGUCGUCACCGACGCGUCGGCGGCCCAGGAGUCCUGGCACCGCGCGUCGGCGGGCCUGCCCGAGGCGUUUCUUGCGAUGUCGAAACGCGUCCGGGAUCGGGUGCGCGUCGCCAUGUUCACCGCAAUUGUCGCGUUCGAGGAACGAGUGCCUGUUCCCUACGAUGCAUCGUCUUUCCAAGACUCGACGCUCUGGUUCGCGGCGAAGACCAAUUCGAAGCCGGGCUUUGAAGCGCUCGAGAAGGAGUGCUGGACGCUCGUCAGCACGCCGGCGUGGGCGGCGGCCGAGGUCGAGCGCGUGCCGAUGCGGGACCCGGCCACGGGCGCCUUCAUCCCGCAAAGCCCCGAGGUCUUGGAGGCGCCCGCGCGGGCGCUGCUCGAUGCCUUCGCCGCCGCGGUCGGCGCGCCGCUACCGGCGCACACGUAUCUCCACGCGCAGCGCUGGGGUUCUGCAAUGCCUGCACCGCUUACGCACGGCCGCGACGCCGACGGCCGCUCGGACGCAACAAAGGACGUGCUCGGGACCGCGUUCGACGCGUCGUCCACGGAACAGUUCGCGGGUCUCGGGGGCGGAGGCGCCGGUGACGAGGACUUCGUCGACGGCGGGGACCUCGGCCUCUACUACGCCGGCGACUUCUGCUCGCCGCGGCCGCCGGGCGUCGUCGCCGCCGCGCUGUCGGGGAAACACGCGGCGGAGGCGUGCGCACAGCGCCUCCAUGUUAGUGAUGUGCGGUAUAGUUAAUAAAGACGGACAAAC